CCGUUUUUGGGGGCAAUUAACACAGAAUUCCACUUUCCCCAAUUUCAUUUUGCAAUAGCCCUAACACCUUCAGCCGCUCUCUCCUCUUCCAUCACAGCACUGUCGCCCUUCCAUCACGUCUCUCUCCUUCAAUCACCGAUCAUCACGUCUCUCUCCUUCCAUCACAGCUCUGUCGCUCUUCCAUCACUGGUCUCGCCCUUCCAUCACCGAUCAUCACGUCUCUCUCCUUCCAUCACAGCUCUGUCGCCCUUCCAUCAUUGGUCCCUUCCAUCACCGAUCAUCACGUCUCUCUCUCCUUCCAUCACAGCGUUCCAAAACUGGUGGCUUGGUUUAGCUCAAAGUCAUUGCUACUGCACAUACAGAGAGAGAAAGAGUCGUCGUUAGGGGUUUCCAAAACCUCGUCUACACUAACAGAUCGGACAAGAAUUUUUUAGCUUUGUUUGUGCAGAGUCGGUAGACGACUCUCUUCGCGAAAGCCCUAGCUCCUUGCCCCUGAGUACUGGAUAUCGUGAAAGCCUUGGAUAGCUCCUUGCCUCCUCUUUACAGCUUUCUGAAGUCUAAACAAGGCUUUGUCCCGGUUUCCUUCGCAUUAGCAUUCAAGAAGGGGAUAAUUCACAUUUGAUUGGCUAAUAUUCUUUGAAGGAAGGAUAAAUAAUAAGCUGACAAUGAAAUGAACAGUUAGUGAAGUGGAAAAAGUGAGUGAACAAAAUACCGAAGCUUCAACUUCAAAAUCAUCCCAACCACCGUCGAAGAAGAGAUGGGGCCCGACACGAUGCAAGAAUGUCAUAAACGCGACAACCUUAUUACCAUUAAGGGUUAAUAAGUUUGGACAGCCGAUCGGCCCUGGAAGUGGUACAUAUACUAAUUAUUUGGGAACACUUGCCCGGAAAGCCAAUUUAGCUCCUUUGUGCUGUAAAACUUGGUGGGAGAUGCCUAAAUGGCUGAAGGAGGAUAUGUGGAACGUUGUAAAGGGAAAGUAUGAUAUGGGAAUCAUGUCAAAACAUUGGACAAUAUCCUCCAUCGAAAAAAAGUGGAAGGGGUACAAGUGUGAAUUAAAAAUUGAAUAUUACUUGGUUAGGGAUACAGAUGCAGAAAGAUUAGCAAACCCACCACCUGAUGUUGAAAAUAAGCAUUGGGAAUUUUUGGUUAGGCAUUGGGGCACGCCUAUGGUGAAGGAGGUUAGUAAAAAAAACAAAGAACGUCGUGGGAAGCAGACAAUGAUGCAUACUACAGGGACAAAAAGCUUUGCACGUGUUUCUGCCGAGAUUGAGGAAGACGAAGGUAUUCAGCUUUCUCGUGCAGAUUUAUUCAUUCGCACACAUGUAAAUAAGGAUGGCAAAGCUACUGAUGAUGCUGCUUCAGAGAUGAUUGAAAACAUAAAAGUUCUUCAAAAAAGUUACUCUGACUAGCCUAUUGGCAGUUCCAAUGAUUUGUUCUCCAUUGUGAGGGGAGAAGAGAGAACUGGUCAUGUGCGGAUGCUUGGCUUUUGGCCUACACCAAGCGAUGUUUGGGGGCCCUCUCCUAGUAAAACUGAACUGAUUAAUAAUGCGAAAAAAUCUAAUGAGGAGGCAUGUGCUGCACGCGUAGAGUUGCAGCAGACCAUAUCAAAAAUGCAAGCCGACUAUGACAACAAGUUGGAAAAUUUACGAGCCAACUAUGUUGAGAAGUUGGAAAAUUUACAACAACAGGUGGCUAUGCUAAUGCAGAUGCAAUAACAAAAUUGUAGUGGACAGGGUUCUGAUUCGUUAAAUGCUCCUCCUAGAGUAUCCCCAAAUUCAUUACCUAGUCGUGAUGCCAAUUCAGUUAAGGUUAUGAACUUUUAAUUUCUCUUAUAUAUAUGUUAAAUUUUCAUUUAUUAUAAUGUGUGCGUAAUGAAUUUAUAAAAAAUGUAGGGUAAUUCAAAUCAAAUAAGCAAGAAGACUUGUUGAAGUUGAAGUUGAAGUUGAAGAUGAAGAUGGGGUCAUGGCUAUACUUUCUGAAUUUCCUUCACCUUGGAUGGAUUCUUUUUGAAAAACUUGUACUACAUUUGUCAAAAAUUGUUAAUUCUUUUUGUUUGACAUUUAAUAGCUUUAUUUAGACAAUUUGGAUGGUAUAUUGGCAGGUUAACUUGUGGUUGUAUUAGUAUACAUUUUUGCUUUUUGGUUAACAUUUACUAGGGUUAACUUGUGGUUGUAUUAGUAGCCAAUUUUGAUGAUAAUUUUCAUAUUGGCAGGGUUAACUUGUGGUUGUAUUAUGUAAAAACAAUUUGGAUGGUAUUUUCAUAUUAACUUGUGUUAUAUUGGAUGA